AUGGUUUGUCAGUUUUGUGCAAAAUUCUUUGAGUACAAGAAGAAAAAAAUGUUGGUUUACAACAUUGUUCAUUUUUGUGUUGAUUCAUUAAAUAAUAUUUUUAAAUAUUUUUCAAAUGUUGAUUUUUUGAUGUCAAAACAUGGGUCAACUAGUGGAGAAUUGCUCUUUGAUGUAACUAACGAAGAAACAAUCAGGAAAAGAAUUAAUGAUAUACCUCCUCCCACUGCUAAUGUUUUUUCAAGUGAGUGUUAUUUUUUUAAUUUGUAUAUUUUACUUCAUCUAAGAAUCAUUUAA